UCAUCCCCGCCGAGUUACGAUGAAUACAGCCCACCCAAUUCUCAAGGCAGAUCUCUGACAGAGCCCACUACGACUGAUCAAAAAUUCAAACGUCGAAGACUUGAUCUCGACUCCAAUCCCCAUAGUUUGCCUGACCCAAUGCAUCUUAUGAAUGCUCCGGUCUACCCACCAGGUCCUCGCACAUAUAUGACCGGUUCGUAUAUGCCUCCCACCACCAAUUUUGGCCACUACGCUUCUUCUCCCCCUGCUUACUGGGAUGAAGAAGCCGCUUUAGAAUACCUUGCUUCUGGAAAUGGCUUUGUUCAGGACGUGCGUCUUGUCGUUGCUCCCACUCCCUCGGUCCAUUAUCAGCCUCAGCAUCAUCCUACCUCAGCAUCCCAACCACCUGCAACAGAAGCAACGCCUCAUCAUCCUGGAAGUUCUCAGCUACGACAUGCGUCCAACAUCCCUGCUCCCGCCACCAACUUGCGCCCUCCCGUUCUCGAAUCUUACCAGCAAAUUCCUAAUCACCCUUGGCCGGCAGCACACUCAACCCACUACGCUCCUGGCACCGAUGCAAGCUCCUUCGCCAAUGAUCCUCGCGAGCUCUCAAGGCUGAUGAAUUUGACCGCCAGCUUGCGUCCUCCAUCACAUGCAUUCUGUCCAAUCGAAGCCACCUCGUCCACGGCAAAUCAGAUCAAGUUGGUUCUGAGCCGAGCAACACAGGAGAGUAUCGAUGCAUUGCCCGAGCAUAAGAGGGAAUGUCCUGCCUGCCAAUUGGACUUUGAGCGGGAUAAUUUCAUGGCUAUCAUCAGCUGCUGUAAUACAGCCAUGCACGCCACAUGCCUCUCAGCAUGGGUUAAUUCGGCAACUUACGCCAAAAGCAAGACAUGCAUGAAGUGUCGCCGGGCAAUUGACGCCAGAAGACCACUCAAUGCUGUGGUUCCACCCGUCAAUGACCAAAUUUGGGACGAAGGCGUUGAUCUCGAUGCCCCGGAAGCAAUCAAGGGUGACCAAAAGAUUGAGGUACUUGUGAAUCCUCGUGCUGAUCGAGGGCGGCGCUACAUGAGGAACGCAUACGCACAUUACAGAUCCACCAGCAUUCAGAUACCGGAGAAUAUGCCUCCUGGGCCAAGACGCCAACUCGCUCACUUACAGCAAGAACAGGCGUCAGAAUUCGACGGCGUCAGACGUCGCCUCCGUGGGAUGAUGGCUAACGGUAACCGGCUGACGAAAGAAGAAUCUUUGGCUCGAAGAGGACUUGCAGAGGCUCAGGUAGAUGUCAGACAAGGCGGAUCGUCAAAUCUUGAAGCCUUAAAUCAGAAGUGUGAGGCCAUCAAGAGGCAGAAGGAUCAGUGGUGUCAGGACGUUCGUUCUCUUCAAAGAGUUCUCGAAGGUCUACCAAGAAAUCAUGAACGACGAGUGGCUGCAUUGAUCGAGAACGCAAUG